AUGAAUACUGCGUUGCGUCAGGCGGCUACGAAUGAAUUCGAAAAGAACUUGUUCAAGCUUAUGAACAAUGCUGUAUUUGGUAAAACGAUGGAGAACAUUAGGAAGCGAUCUGUUGUAAAAUUGGCGGCCACUAUUUUCAACGAAAAUUUGGUCGCCAUUGAACUUAAUAAGACAGAGGUGUAUUUUAAUAAACCGAUAUACGUUGGCAUGUCGAUUUUGGAUCUGGCUAAAACCACCAUAUACGAUUUCCAUUGUGAGUACACGUUGCCCGAAUUUGGUGAGGACUGCUCUGUCUUAUACACCGACACCGACAGUCUUAUAUACGAAAUUCGUAAUAAAGACAUAUACGAAGUGAUACAGCGUGACUGUCAUACACGUUUUGAUACCAGCGAUUAUCCGCAAGACAACAAGUACAACAUCCCACAGGUAAAUAAAAAAGUUUUAGGGAUGAUGAAAGACGAGUUUAACGGCGUACCAGUUGAAUUAUUUACUGUAAAUAAUAGCAACGCGAUUAGAACAGAAAUCGGCUUGACGAAAAAGAUUAAAGGUAUUAAAAGGUCUGUUAUUAAACGGGUCAUUACGCUCGACGACUUCGUCGAAUGUGUUGACAAUUUUAAAACUAAAUACAUUUCUCAAAAUUUAAUAAGAUCCGAAAAACAUGCAGUUUUUUCCAUAACACAAGAUAAGAUCGCGUUAAAUCCCCACGACGAUAAAAGGUAUUUAAUUAAGGGAUCGUAUGAGACCUUUCCCUGGGGACAUUACUUCAUUAAGGACGACGGCGAUGAAUCCUUAGAAUAGGUUGUUUUUAGCUGUUAAGCUCAAGUUUUUGAAUAUAUGUAUAUACUUAAUAUAAACUGUACGGCACAGUCCGGGUUUGUUUUCCUAUCGUAACAAAGUAAUUAGUGUAAUAAUAGGCAUUAAUAUUAGGAAAAUAGAAGUUAAUUUUUGGUAUAGGUAAAGCAAAUUUGAUGUACAUAGGUAAAUACCAGGUGUAUAUGAGUAAUGUUAAUUUAUUUUCGCUGUUCUAAUCAUAUAUGGUAAUAAUAAUAAGUCACCUGUUUAGUCAACCAUCCGUUGUAUAUCAAACACUUAUUUAAUAAAAGCAAAUGAAUUAUU